AUGUGGGUGGCCCGGGAGGAGUCAUCCAUGAUACUGCCACUCGAGACGAUACCAGAGAGUGGGUACAUGGCGAGCACUGACUCUCUAUCAGGAACCGCCACACGCCAGUUUCCACGUUUUCGAAAUGCCGGGGUGCCCGAUAAGUUCUCAGAAAGCGUGAAUGAGAAGUUGGACAGACUGAAGGGAGCUGAGCUGAGCAAGUAUGUAGCCGAAAAGAGCUGGCAGGAGUACAGGGACUUCCGCCACCGCCUGCACGGUUCCAAUCAGACUCUGGCAUCAGAAAAUCUAGCGGACCCCGCCACCGACGCCAUGUGGCAUAACAGCAGGCCGCGGUCGCGUGCGUCCUCGUUCACCCAUCACCGCGAUCCGCCGACCGACGCGACGCUGCAGCAAAGCAGGACCAGCGGGAGUAGCCUCCUCUCUGUCGUAGUCGAGAAGAGUCACGAGGCAGCGUUGGAGGGCGCCGCCGUCGCCGCCCAGGCAAAACUCGACGCUCGGACACCGCCCACUGCAUCGCCGAAAACUGCGACGGCAAUGGAGAAGCAGCUUCGGAAGCUGGUCGACAUACAGUAUCCCAAGAUGGCCGAGUUCAAGGUUAACCCUGCGAAGGGCAACUCUGCCUCGCAGUCCGCCGUAAUGUCUGCGGAUGCUAACUCGACGAAGACGAGACAGGGAGGGGAGUCUACGAUGACUAACAAGCUGGCGACACUGCCGGUACUACCUGCUGCCGUGGAAAAACCCUGGGAGCAGGAAGCCGAUGGCAGGAAGAUCAGCACGACUAGCGAAAGCCAGCCGUUGCUCGGGAACAGCUGGUUGAAAACGCAGCCACCAGAUGGCGGCACGGUCUUUUGGCCGAUGCCCUCUUCCGACGAGGGUCGACGUCAAGAGGCCGUGCCUCUGCUGCCGGGAAGCAAGCAAGAAGCGCCAAUGGACAAAGCGGAGGCGGUGGAUGGAUACUGGUGUCAGGACCCAGCCGGGGAGUGGGUCUGGGCCAUCGGUUCUCAAAAGCCUGCAGCUGCACCACAAGCAGAGGCCGUCCCUGCAGCCUGGCACGCCUCUAAGGAUGGCAGUGCGAAGCAGUCGCCAUUAUUGGAGGCAGCGCCACCGGGGAAUGUCAAUGCUGUCUGUACCAUGCAAGCUACGAAACAGACUGAAUCGUGGCAGCCUUCCCCUAACAAUGGCAGUGCCAACUUCCCGCAGGUGGCUGCACGAUGGAAGGGUCCUACUGAUGGACGUGAGCGAGAGGCCUCGGCUGAUAGAGGCGAUACGCAGGAGGGAUAUUGGUGGCAGGAUGCGGCUGGCGAGUGGAGUUGGAUAAUUGGUCCGCAGAAGCCUACAGCCGCAGCUCAGACGGAAGCUGUUCCCGCUGCUUGGCAGGCAUCUACUGAUGGAAAUACGAGGAGGGAGCAUGCACCGCUAUUGGAUCCUCCCAAUGCGCCUGAUACUAGCACCGCAUUACAUCGGUCAGUGCCAGCUCCAUCUGAUCCUAGCAUCACCAAGCAGCAAGUAACAGCACCAUGCAUGGUGGCAUAUCUUGGUGUGGAUGAGAUGUACAUGUGUGUGCCACCCCUUGAGCGUGACAUGCACUGGGAUGAGCUGGAACCGAUGCUACCCUACACAAAUGCAUCCGCUAAUCACAUCACGAAACCUCACAUGGGAUCCAUGGCUAACCUAGGCACGUCGUGGCAGCCGCCGUUUGAUCCAGUGGUGCACGAGACGCUCGAAUGCGGUGGGCUUGGUCGUCGCAAUGCUUGCCUGGAGACGUCGCCACGCUUUCAAGCUUUCGUCGAUAAGAAAGGUUCCAACUUUGGCUAA